AUGGGAAGGCAACUCACUAAGGUCGUCUACAAGGCGGACAUCAACUCCACCGACCUCUACCAGGUCAUCGUCUCCGACGCUGACAUCUACAAGAAGUGGAAGGGAGGCGACAAGACGAUCCCCCUCACCGACGUCGUUGACUCGUUCCAGAUCUUCCACACCGGACAGGGUACUCAGGGCAUCAUGGGCCACCCCUCGAAGCAGCAGCUCGAGAAUGACUUCGGCACGCACAAGGACGUGGAUGUCGUGACGCAGAUCCUCGAAAAGGGAGAGAUCCAGUCGGGUGCCGUCAAGGAUGGGUACAGCACCACCAACGAUUCCAAGAACAACACCAACGUCGUGUCUGCUGGCUCUCACCGAGGCGGUGGCCACGGUGGUCGCUAA